UGCUGUGCAACUAGCGGACAUGCAUCUCCAGGUCACGGCGUUGGUGCUGCUGUCCGCCUGGGCGAUGUGCGCUGUAGGCGGUGUACUGCCGUUUGCAAGGAUACCUGUUGGACGUCUGCAAAGGUCUCCGGACUCCCCAGAAAAUGACCUGCCUGUUAAAGGACCUUCACCAAAUGAUGAAAUCACGGUCGAUCCUAUGCAGGCGAAAGCAGGAGAACAGCCAGGCCCGGACCUGUCCAGCCUGAUUCCCAACAUGGUGCCCUCGCUGAUGAACAACACGCUGUUCAACGAGCGCAGCACCAUGGUCGCGGGCGCCUUCACCAUGAUGUUCAUGCCCAUGCCCGCCGGCUCCGACAUGGUCAACAUGUUCCAGAACGGCUUUUCCAUGUUCCCGUCCAUACCAGGCGUGUCCAGCAUACCGGGCCUGUCCGGCCGCCGAUGAUGCUAGCGCAGCUGUGGGCUAGAGACAAAGAGGUCGCGGUCAUAGAGAAGAUACACCGGGCCAGAGACAAAGAGGUCGCAGUCAUAGAGAAGAUACACGAUAAACAGGGCCUGGAGCUAUCAUAGAGUAAUGUCGUAUAUAGAAAAGAUUCAUUCUGGUCGUCUGCGCAAGUAACGCAACAUUAACCAGCAUUUAACAGCAAAUAUAAAAUUCGGUUUGUAAACCAUCUCUUUGCUAGAGAGGCGCGGCAAAACCAUUACCACGUAUCUAGGAGUAGGCCAUACCUUAAAACUCAAAAUUCCCUAAAAAAGGAAUCUACCCAAAACAACCAAAGGAACAUUCCCAGUCUAAAUCGGUCAGUGAGUCUGCGGAAAACUUAUUCUUAAACAAAUGUAAAGCAAAAUUUAUAGGAGUGUAUAAGGUACCAACUAGCAGAGUACUAUUUAAGAAAACUAAAGCUCAGUACUAAACAAAUAAAUUUUAUUGAUCUUUUGACCCGAUUCUAAGGUAGAAGUAGCUUGGCGCACACCUUUUACAAAGCACCCUUUUAGAACAUGGAUUUAAUCUCAUAAGCAGCCUUAAUACAACCUUGUUUAUACAGCUCAGCCGCUAGUAACCCGAACCCUACACCUACCACCCUACAAACGGCUACAACGCUAAAUAGGCUAAGUAUCAACUGCAGAAUAAUAAUAAUAAUUAAAGUAUUUUAUAAUACACACUGACUGCAAAAACGCCUAAAUGAACUGGAAAUUAUACCAGAAUCCAGAUUUAUGUAAAUCUUUUCCCAAUAAUUUCCACUUCAAAAAGAAGAUAAUAAACUAAUUAUUACUUAGAAUCAAUAAUAGAUAAAAAUAACACACAAAUUCUAAAAAAAAGUGUCAAAAUCAACAGAAAAAUACUUUACACAAAUUUCAGAUGAUUACAAUUUUAUAAAUUUAAUUUCUAAUGUGCAAUCUGUUUUAGUAAAGUCAGAGAAUCUCUUCACUCAACAUUCGCAUUUCUCUCUCUAACUCUUCGUCGAUUUUAGUUACCUCAGUCUUUGAAAAUAUCACUAAAACCUUCACUGUUGAUUUCAUUGUUAACCUUUUGAAAUUUGCACCGACGGAGUCUUCUGAAAUAAUUUUUUUUAAAGUUUAUUUCAGAGUCUGCAGCAGUACAAAUGCUCACCCUCGCCUAUAUGUUAACUAGCAUUUAUUUUUUUUCAAGCCGACUCUGGCUUUUUGUCCCUUAGUCAUGUCAUGAUAGCAUCUUUCUUACCAUUCCCCCUCCAAGAUCAAAAACACCGUUAAUCCGCCAGGGCGUGACCCCCUUUGCACGGUGACCCUUGCCGUAAACACCCUCCCCUUCCGCGCCAGUGCCGCGACCAAUCCCAGCGCGCUUCAAGGGCCAGCACGCGAGUCAACCUAGGGUUUGGAAAUACGUCACUGAGGCAAAGGGAUCCUUUGAGCGAACAAAAUCAUAUGAUUUUUUCUUUAUUUAAAGAAUCGGUUCUUUGAAAGUCAAUUACUCGAAAGCUGAAUACGAUUCGGGAGAAUAUAAAACGCAGAGAGAACGAGGACAGUGAACCAGCCACUCUGAUUCGUUUUUAAAAUGUCUCGUGACGUCGGGAGUCUCAGUAAUAAGUUAUCUCAGCGUCCGCGUGUUCACAAGAGCAAACGAUAACUAAUAAAAGAAAAAGGGUGGGAGUGGGUGUUAGCGACUCAACUAUUAUAGUAUUACAAGUAUUAUUAAUGGCUUGUCUAAGUUUUGUUGCUAAAUUAAUCGGUGAGAGUUAUGGAAUUUGUUCACGCACAUAGUUUGUAAAAGUCAGUAUACCGAUCCAACCAGAUUACAUACGAUAACCAGCCAGGAGACAUGGCAGGCCACCCAGACGUAACGAAUACUUGCAUGGGUGAACGAGUUGUCGGUGGUCAGAAAUAAAAGUAUUCCUGCUCGACAUACAGUGAAAACUUGUAAUAGCAUAUGUCCAUAAUAUUGAUCGAAAUACAUUCACAAUUUUCUACAUUGUUCUUAAUAUCACCUUUGAAUAUAUAUACUGUAUAGAAGUCGCCAGCCCAGGUUAAAAUUUCUAAUACGGUUUUGAGGUAGUUGGUUAAUUCACCGCCGCAAUCGCUACCAUCUCUAGGGCAUCGACUUGUGGUGGUCCCUAGCGGACAAGUGUCGAACUCUUCAAACACCCCUUCCCCCUCCCGUUAAACGACCUUGAGCUGCAGUGAAUGAUAGGUGGGGGGUGCGGGGAAUGACAGCGGGCGACAGUUCUGCGCUCUAACGUGUAAAUAACAACUAAGACGAUACAGGGCGUUACGGCAGCGCACUGCAGCGGUGAAGUUCCCAAGCUGCUCAUCAUACGCUUCUAAAAAACGUAGAGUAAAUCCUAUACAUUCGCGACUUCUAUACAGUAUAUAUAUUCAAAGAUAUCACACAGUGACGAAAGAAUGUUUACUAAAAUAAAUAAUGAUCUAAUACUAAUUUAUAUCUUGAACCACUUUCUUGGUUACUCACUGACGUGUAUACACUACGAUAAACAUUUGAUUUUUUUUAACCAAUUAAUUACCGUUUGUUCAUCAAAGAGACAAUUUUUGUCAUCAUAAUUAGGUAAAAUGUAAAAGAAUAAAAUGUAAUGAAAAAUUUGUUAUUAUCCAAUUACAAAUUAAUUAUAAGUAAGAAUAAAUAUAAGUAUAUAUAAGUAUUGGUCACCUUACGAACCUUCUUAGGCUAUGUUGGAGGAACAAACUAAAUUUAGCACUUAAGUGCACAUAACAUGGUUUUAAGAACAGUGAAGUCAUAAAUGUGCAUUACUGAACUGAAUCACCUUUAUUGCAGUUGGAAUGUUUAAAAGUCUGUGUCUAAGAUCUUAAAAUUUUCGCCCUUACAGUGUAUCUAUUUUUAUGAGUUUUGUUUUUAUGACUUUAUUUCAUAUUUUAUUAAUUUUAUAUCUUACUGUAUG